AUGCUAUGCAAAUUUGCGUUAGGUGUCCACUUGUACUACGUUGGUGGCGAGGUCUUCGCCGAGUGUCUAUCUGAUAGCAGCAUCUUCGUGCAAUCACGCAAUUGCAAUCACCGGCACAACUUCAACCUUACCACAGUCUGCAAGAUCCCGCCCGGUUGUUCCCUCAAGAUCUUCUCGAAUCAGGAGUUUGCACAACUUCUUCGGCGGACGGUGAGCCACGGUUUUGAGGCUGUUUACGAGUUGACCAAGAUGUGCACCAUCCGGAUGAGUUUUGUGAAGGGCUGGGGUGCUGAGUACCACCGACAGGACGUAACGUCGACGCCGUGUUGGGUGGAAAUCCACUUAAACGGGCCCCUUCAGUGGCUGGAUCGCGUUCUCACGCAAAUGGGCACCCCACGAAAUCCCAUCUCCUCUGUUUCUUGA